CGAGUUGCAAUCUUGAGACAAAGGGAGCUCAAGAGCCACACAGUUCACUCUUUCUAUUCCCCAACCUGCUGGUGUAAAACAAUCUGUUCAGGAUGCGCGCUUUUCUGAUGCUUUGUUUGGUCGCUGUGGCUAGAGGACAGUACGACUAUACCCCCACGUCGCAUGCCGGGGAUGGACACGGAGGCCUGGUCGGAGGAAUCAGCAGUGGGCUAUCUGGAGGAGUCAGCAGUGGGCUCGCUGGAGGAGUGAGCAGUGGAGCAGCCCAGCUUUCCGAGCCCAUACUUUUGCCUAAUGAGUUCACCAAGGAGUUCUUCACAUACAGUGCUCCAGAGCAGGAGUUCGACAACCCACAGGCCAACGAGCAGAUCGCCAACUCUUUGAAGAAGAACCUGCGAGUCCUCUUCAUCAAGGGGCCUGAGAACACUGGCUUGGAGCAGGCUGCUCUUCAGCUGGCCACCUCUGCGUCGGAUGAUCGUACCGCCAUCUACGUCCUCAACAAGCAGGCGGACAUCGGCGAGCUUACCAACAGGCUCAACCAGAUUAAGCACCAGACCAGUCACAAGCCCGAGGUGCACUUCGUCAAGUACCGCACCCAGAGCGACGCCGAGAACGCCCAGCGUACCAUCCAGGCUCAAUACGACACGCUGCCAGGACCCUCUAGCAAUCAUAAUGCAGGAUCCUCGGCACCUGUUCUGGAUUUCGCUUCCAAGGGUGUUUCCGGCGGAGUAACUGGCUCUGCACCUGCCCUGGGCUCAGGCGAACUCAAUGCACCUUUGACUAGCGCGUAUCUACCACCAGGAAGGUAUUAGUUUAAGCAGAGAAGUUAGCAAUUUAAGAUAAAUGUAAAUAGACGACCAUUUUCUCAUCAUUAAAAAUGUAUUCACACAAAAGGA